AUGCUGCAGAAACUGCUGCUGGUCGUGAUCUCUCCGGAUGUCGCCUUAGGCACCUACUCCUAUGGCUACAGCAGCUAUGGCAGCUUCGAAGGUUGUCGCAUCGGUGAGCUGGACUGCUUGGAUUACGCCUACAAUGCAGCAGGGGAGGUCGACUGGGGUGAGAGCUUGACGUCGGUGACGUGUGCCAAGGCAGAGGACGGUUGCCCUUGCAACGAGCAGUGGGAGAUCCAAUGCGUCGAUGCCGGGUUGAAGUACUGUGAGAGGGCAAGCCUCGGAUGCUUCAGUGACAAUAGCUCAUCUAGGGCUGCAUUCCGAAGCCUCCAUGAGCUGCGUGAUAUGGUGGCAAGAUGGCAAGCAAGCGCAGUGAACGCAGCGGAACGCUCAAAGAUAGUCCUGAAGUACGGGGAGAUCGCGGAAUGGAAUGUGUCUAUGGUCACGAACAUGCGUGGGCUUUUUAUGCUUUCAGAAUUCAACGACGAUAUUAGCAGGUGGGAUACAUCAGCCGUCACCGACAUGACCGACAUGUUCCACGAUGCAAAUGCCUUCAGCCAGGACAUUGGCGGGUGGGACACCUCAAGAGUGACAAGCAUGGCUGGCAUGUUCACCUUUGCCUAUGCCUUCAACCGAGACAUUGGUAGUUGGGACACCUCAAGAGUGACAAGCAUGGCUGCCAUGUUCUACGGGGCCCAUGCCUUCAACCAGAGCAUUGGCAGCUGGAACACCUCAAGAGUGACAAGCAUGGCUAGCAUGUUUGCCGCUGCAGGUUCCUUCAACCGGGACAUUGGCAGGUGGGACACCGCAAGCGUCACAAGCAUGGCUGCCAUGUUUGUCGGUGCAGUGGCGUUCAACCAGGACAUUGGCAGCUGGGACACCUCAAGAGUGACAAGCAUGGAUGGCAUGUUUGGAAGUGCGCAUGCCUUCAACCAGGACAUUGGCAAGUGGGACACCUCAAGAGUAACAAGCAUGCACAGGAUGUUUACUGUCGCCUUUGCCUUCAACCAGGACAUUGGCAGUUGGGACACCUCAAGAGUGACAAGCAUGGAGUCGAUGUUCGACUGGGCGUUUGAUUUCAACCAGGACAUUGGCAGGUGGGACACUUCAAGCGUCACAACCAUGGAGUCGAUGUUCUUCGGCGCCAGUGCCUUCAACCAGGAUAUUGGUAGCUGGGACACUUCAAGCGUCACAAGCAUGGUUGGGAUGUUCUGGCGCGCCAGUUCUUUCAACCAGAACAUUGGCAGCUGGGACACCUCACGCGUCACAAGCAUGGUUUCGAUGUUCAAGGGCGCCAGUGCCUUCAACCAGGACAUUGGCAGGUGGAACACCUCAAGCGUCACAGACAUGCAUGGGAUGUUUUCUGAUGCCAGACACUUCGACCAGGAUAUCACAGCAUGGGAUACCUCAAAAGUCAAAUACACGUCUGGCAUGUUCGAUGGCGCAGCACUUUUUGACGUGUCACCGUGCAGGGCUGGCAGAGCAAGGGCAGAGAACGGGCUCGGCUGCAGAGCCUGCACGGCAGGGCGCUUCUCCUUGGCAGAUUCUGACAGUUGCGAAGAGUGUGGUGCGAACGAGGUGCCGUUUCCGGACCAAAGCAAGUGCAUGGCUUGUUCCGCUUCCCAGUAUGCACGGCGAGGUUCGCAGGAAUGUUUGCCCUGUCAGUGGCCUCUCCUUGUUGUGGAGGAAGGCUGUGCCUGGUGGCACUUGCCUGCAGCUGCAGGGUGCCUCCUUAUGAUCCUUACGAUCUUGGGCUGCAUGGUCUCAUACCGUCGAAGGAGGAGAGCUGCGAAAGCCGAGAAGGUAAUGGCACAGUUGUUUGAGGACAUGUGGGAUGAAGGCCCAGAUACAGCCACUCACUACGAGAGGUUGCUCUGUGGGCUUGGGGUGGACAAGGCCACAGUACCCGAGCGCAUCCAGGAGUUCCGCAAGCUUCAGAGCCAGACAGGCGGAGUGAGCAUGAGCUACCUCCUUUCAGCCGACUUCCGUGACUUAGCACGACGGCGCACGGGUCAAAGCGACCCCACCUUCAAUGACAUGAAAGAUGCUUUCUGGCUGUCAGAUGACGCGAUAGGACAGAAGGUGAUCUGUCCACGUGAUGGUCGAGAGGGCUGUGCGCUCGUCGACUGGAUCCCACGCAACCACCGUCGACAGCAAACUCACUUCAUGUCCUGGACAUGGCGCUACCACCUGUCGCAAAUCACAAGCGCUCUAGACAUGCACAGAAAGAGCAUGUCCGAGCUGAUGCCGGAGGACAUUUUCUUCUACAUGUGCUUCUUCGUCAACAAUCAAUUUAGGAUUAUCGUAGAGGCCACCGGCUCAGGAAGCGACAAUCUCGAGGAUGUCUUCGAGAGCAACCUGCGACGAAUCGGCCGCAUGAUCGCCAUCUUAGACACCUGGGAUGAACCGGUGUACUUAACCCGCAUCUGGACUGUGUACGAACAGUUCGUGGCAUCGAAAACGGGGAUUGAGGUGAGCUUUGCAAUGCCCCAGCAAGCUUCCGAGUCUCUAGAGCUGGAGGUAGGUCGCGGAAGCGACGGCAUCGGCCGAGUGACGCAGUCGGUGAGACGUGUUGACGCGGCGAAUGCGAGGGCAUGGAAGGAAGAUGACGAGAUCAAGGUGAAGAGGCUUAUACAACAGACGGUGGGCUUCAAGCAAGUCAACACGCACGUGAUUGGAGUUAUGGUGAGAUGGUUCGGGAAGGUGGUGCGAGACAAAGUUCAGCGCGACGUUGACUCGCAUCGCAGAAACUUGACCGAGAUGCACCUUGCAGAGGAAACUUACGCAGAGACUCCAAGGACCACAGUUCGCAUUUGA